AUGCUGCGAGAUGUUGGUUCCAGAGACACCGAGUUUAUUGCUUGUAUCAAGUUCAUACGUCAAAAGAUUUUAGAAAUUGCAGGAGUGACCAAUAAAAAAUUCAGCUGUAUUCCUAUGCAAGGAAGUGGAACCUUUGCUGUUGAUGCUUCUUUCCAAACUGUCUUACCAAAGGAAGGAGCAAGGGCAUUAGUUAUUGAAAACGGAGCGUAUGGGAAGAGAAUGGUCAAGAUUUGUGAAGCAGCUGGUAUUGCUUGUGAUGUCCAGAGCUUCCGGGAGGAUCGCCAGGUAGAACCAGAGGUGAUAGACGAUGCCUUGAGUGGCCGUACUCAUUAUGAUCUUGUGGCUGUUGUACACAGCGAGACAAGCUCAGGUGUAAUUAAUCCCGUCACCGAGGUGGGAAAUAUUGUAAAGAGCCGUUCACCAGAUUCCAUUUUCUUGGUGGAUGCCAUCAGCAGCUUUGGUGCUGUGCCCUUAGAUCUAGAAGCCAGCAAAAUCGAUGUAUUCAUCAGCUCAGCGAAUAAAUGUUUGCAGGGUGUUCCAGGCUUUGCUUUUGUUGUUGCCAGAAAUGAACUCAUCGACAAGUGCAAAGGAAACUCUCGCACUCUGAGUCUUGAUCUGUAUGAUCAAGUCAAGCAGCUAGACAAAACCAGCCAAUUUCGAUUCACACCACCCACUCACUCUAUGUUAGCUUUUAAGCAAAGCCUUGAGGAGUUUGAAGCAGAAGGAGGCUUUGCUGGGCGAUCUAAAAGGUAUCAAGAGAACAGGGCUGUCUUAAGGCAAGGAAUGAGAGAACUUGGAUUCAAAGAACUUCUUGAUGAGAAGAUUGCAGGCUACAUUAUUUCCUCAUAUUUGUACCCCAAAGACCCCAAUUUUGACUUCAUGGAUUUCUACAACAGACUCAAUGAGAAAGACUUAGUAAUCUACCCUGGCAAAGUGUUGGACAUCGACUGCUUCAGGAUUGGUACAAUCGGUGACCUCCACCCAGAAGACAUGCGCAUACUUUUGAAGGCAAUCAGAGAAGUUCUGGCUGACAUGAACAUCAGUGUACCAGUCAAGAAUUGA